AUGUUUACUGCUGCAGAGAAACUGACCAACCAGAACACUGCUGGGCCAAUAGAAUUGAGCUCCACGUUGCAGGUGAAGGUGAUUCCCACCACAGAGGGACAGACAGUAACACUGAUGUGUAGCACCAGCUGCCCUCUGACUGAAAACCAAGCAGCCUACAUCUGGUACAAGAACAGAGAGUUUCUCUAUCAGGACUGGUCUCCCUGGUACCAACAUAUGGUCAGCAGUGAGGAAGCGGUCAGGUACUCCUGUGCUAUCAAAGGCUACGAGGAUCUCAGAGCCCCUGAAGUCUCUGUGGAUUCUGUUACACUGACCUGCUUUAACGUGACCUAUGCUAAAGGGAGAAUGUGUUCUUAUAAGCAGACAUCAGCUGAUGAGCCCUGCUCCAUCACAUACCCCAGAGAAGUACAUGUUCAAAGGAUACCUGCAGAUGGCUAUGUCACUCUGAACUGCAGCACCAGCUGUCCUCUGACCGACCCCAGAACCCCCUUCAGGUGGUACCACAAUGGACAGUUAUCCAGAUACAUCCGAAGUCACAAGUUUUCAGUCUCCCUCUACUCAAAUAAAAGAGUCUCCUGCGCUGUGGAAGACCAGGAGGCUCUGCUGUCUGCUGAAGUCUGUAAGUAUUAA